GUCAGACUGGCGCAGAGAGUAGCGUGCGACAGACGGGUGUUAGAGAGGACGAAUUGCGAGCUUUACAAGCGUGAACGUGUGCGGAGAGAUCCCGGACGAGAGCAAGGGGACCGAGAGAGGGUACGGCCCGAUUCCGAUGGAUCCCGAAGACGAGGUCAGACGCGGAAAAACCUCCAGACUCCCGGAGAGAGAGCAUCAUUGCCGAUCUGAUGUGGAAGACUUCACUCGAUACGUGUUACAUAUCUGCUGUUACAACAUGGCUUAUACGGUAGUUUAUUUUAUUGAUGAUGAUCUUACAUCAGAGAUUCCAACAAACUGGUUACAUAAAGAUAGAAAUAACUACAUGUGUUGGUGGCUGCCACCAAAUACAAAGAAUACAAAAUCGCUUAUAAUAAAACGUACAGAACUUAAUAUAAAAGCUUGGAUGCUAUUUUCAAUAAACAUAGAAAAAUAUUAUGAAUAUGAAAAUUAUACCUCUGCAGAGGAUUCACAGUUGGGAAAAAAAUAUCGAAAGAAAAUUCCUCCAAGUCGCUACAUUAGUCCUGACGAUAUUGAUUCAUUGUCAGAUGAUGAAAGAAAUAAUGAUAAUAAGAGAAACAACUCUGUUAAUGUACAAUUUACAAAAGGAAGCUGCAAGAAAAAGUCUAAUAAAGAUUUACAUGCGGAUACUAUUGAUACUCAAGAAAAUGAUAAUAAGCAAUUGAAAGCCACACAAGCAAAUUACCAGAGUGACCUUCUAUUAUAGUUAACUCAAGAAAUGAGAAUACUUGUUUUGUGCCUACAGAUGGAACAAUUAUUUUUGAAAAUACAUUAACCUAUACAUCAUACAUCAAAUUUACAAUGUGCAGAAGAAAAUCUGCAAUCUGAAGUUUAUAAUCCAUUUUAUGACAACAAUAAUAAAGACAAAAUGUGUUUGAGACAUUAAAGCAAAUACAGAAACAUUGAUGAGAAUGUGCGCAUCAUUCGAAUUACAAAUAAAAGACAUAUUGCAACAUAUGAACAAACUUACGCCAAAUAUGCGAUUCAAUGUUUCAACCGAGCGUGUAAA